AUGGCGUCUCCAGUGAAGGAUUCCCCAGUCAGACCGGGUUUUCAUAGACUGGAGGUCCAGAAAACGACGUGGAACAUUCCUGAGAGAUACACAGCGCUGCGGCCGAUUGGCUCCGGAGCUUACGGGACAGUGUGUUCUGCUAUUGACCAGAAGACCAAGGAGAAAGUGGCCAUCAAGAAGCUGUAUCGUCCUUUCCUGUCCCUCAUCCACGCCAAACGGGCCUACAGGGAACUCAGACUGCUCCGCUACAUACAGCAUGAAAAUGUGAUCUGCCUUCUUGACGUCUUCACACCUGACACCACAUUGGAAAAAUUCCAAACUUUUUAUAUGGUAAUGCCAUUUGUAGCCCAGGAUCUGGGCAACAUUAUGAAGCAGCGGAGAUUAACUGAUCGCAUCAUUACAUACCUGUUCUACCAGCUUCUAAGAGGACUCAAGUAUAUUCAUUCUUCAGGGAUCAUUCAUCGGGAUCUGAAGCCCAGUAACCUUGCUGUGAAUGAGAACUGUGAAUUAAAGAUCCUGGAUUUUGGGCUGGCAAGACAGACAGAGAGUGAAAUGACUGGUUAUGUUGUGACGCGCUGGUACAGAGCACCAGAGGUCAUAUUCAACUGGAUGCACUACAGUCAGACAGUGGAUGUCUGGUCAGCCGCCUGUAUCCUGGUUGAAAUGAUUACUGGCCAGGUGCUUUUCCAAGGACAUGACAGUAUUGAUCAGCUGAAGAAAAUCCUCCGUCUGACAGGAACACCAGACUUCUCCCUGGUUCAGAAGAUGCAGAGUAAAGAUGCGCAAUCAUAUGUGCAAGGUCUUCCUCCGCAAAGGAAGAAAAACUUCAAAGAAGUGUUUCCGUCCAUGGAUGAAAAUGCUGUAGACCUACUGGAGAAGAUGUUACUGCUGGACCCAGAGACAAGGCUGACAGCUAAGCAGGGACUGUCGCAUCCUUUCCUAGCUGAAUAUCAUGACCCAGAGUGUGAACCAGACUCUGAGCCUUAUGACGACUCCUUCGAGAGCCUGGAGCUUGCUGUUGGAGAGUGGAAGAGUCUUAUCCACAUAGAGAUCAUGACCUUCGACCCUGACAACCCCAAGAGACUGCAUGUCUGCCCAAGACUGUCUACGCCAGUCCCACCAACCAGUGUGUCAACUGGUGCCAACGGAUAAGUCUGAUGAUCAUACUCCCUGCGCCGAACAGCCGAGAGAAAGCAGUCCUGUUGCCUGGCAACCACACGUCACUUCAGGGAAGCAGCCCGGAGUCCGUCAUGAAAACAAUUUACAAUAUUUACAUAGUAGGCAUGUUUUCAUGUUUCAGUAUGUCAUGCUAUGCUGCAAAACAGUAUCUGUCCAGCUGCAUGCAGAGGGCAACAUUACAUCCCUGCAUUUCCACAGUGUGUCCUUUUGCUGGCCUUGGCUUUGGCAAUGUUCACACCUCCUGUGACGUGAGUUGGCUUUCGCACAGGGGCCUGUUGCAUGGACAUCAGCGAUAGGCACAGAAAGAUGACCUGCAGGUGCCCACGCAGGUGCUGUGAGGAGAGGCUUGCCACAGAGCUCAGCAGUCAGCUUCUCCAUGAAAGCUCUGUGUGUCAUGGGUUAUGCUUGCUGGGUCAGACAGAGUUCCUUGUGGAGAAUUAAACUGUUGGAGGUGGCAAUGUCCAGAAAAUGGUAAAACAGGUGUCUGUACCAGCGCAUGGUUUUGUGUAGAUUGCAGAUUGCAGGUUGAUACUUCCAGUCUGCUCCACACAGGUUAACUGUGUUUGAGUGUUUCGAUGGUUGCUACAGGCCAGUUGUCGUGUUUCAGACGAGAUUUCAUGGUUAAAUUUGUGUUCGUACAGUAUGACCUACUGUAUCGUUAAUAUCUGUGCUAUUUUAAAGUUUUCCCCCACCUGCAGCAAACCGUAAAAUGCCAUUCAAAAACCAGGUUUAAUGUAUUUGUUAAAUUGUGUGCAUACAGCAUGGCCUAAGUUGUGUGCAUACAGUAUGGCCUACUGUACUGUUAAAAUUGAUGGGUUUUUUUGAUGAAUUUUUGUUUGAAAAAUGCUGUUCAGAUGAAUGUGUAGAUCUAUUUGUUUUCAAAGUGUUUAAAGCAUUAUUUGAUGGUGAAAUCAGUAAUAGGCUCAACUCAUGUUUAAUGCAAUCGGUUGGUAAACUACAUUAUGCAGUAGCCCUAUUUUAAGCUGUGUCACAUUAACACAGACGUAUGCAUCAAAUUAUGACAUUUAUUUGUGUUUAUAUUCUGAAGGUGUGUUUAACAAUUCUUUUGGUCACAAUAAGAUAAAGACAACAUUAUGCUAGAAAUAAAUGUGCUUCUUUUCUGACU